GCCCCCGAGCCCCCCAGAAUCAGAGCCUGCUUUGCCUGCAGGAGGUGGGGAGGGAGGCUGUGCUUAGGCGUGACUGACAGCAGACGGGACUUCCUGCAGGGGAGCUACUGCAGCGCCCUAACGCUUUGUAGGCGAGCUCUCUGGGUUGGGGGGCAGGGCGGUGAAGGGGAACCCUCAGCUGGAGACCUUCCAGUGCUGUCAAGGAAGAGGAAGGGUAGCAGCAGCGGCCAGGGAAGGAGGCGGCGACUGCACCGCAGAAUAACAGGAGCCCCCACCCCCCUGCGUAAGGGAAGAGAGAGAAGAGCCGCUGCUGUCACUGCUCCAGCCACUCAGCCUGAAGAUGGCUGCUUCUUCCUCCUGCAAUGUGGAAGAAGAUGAGAGUCUGAAGGGAUGUGAACUCUAUGUUCAGAAGCAUAACAUCCAACAGAUUUUGAAAGAGUGCAUUGUAAACCUUUGCAUCGCAAAACCAGACCGGCCAAUGAAGUUCCUCAGAGAACAUUUUGAAAAAUUAGAAAAGGAAGAAUGCAAACAAAUAUUGGCUCGGCAGAAAUCUAAUUCUCAGUCAGAUUCUCAUGAUGAUGAGAUUUCUCCUCCUCCUCCAAACCCGGUGGUGAAAGCUCGACGCAGAAGGGGAGGUGUCAGUGCUGAGGUGUACACUGAGGAAGAUGCUGUUUCUUAUGUUAGAAAGGUUAUUCCAAAGGACUAUAAAACAAUGACUGCUCUGGCAAAAGCCAUCUCCAAGAAUGUGCUCUUUGCUCACCUUGAUGACAAUGAGAGAAGUGACAUAUUUGAUGCCAUGUUCCCCGUUAUGCACAUUGCCGGAGAAACGGUCAUACAGCAGGGUGACGAAGGAGACAACUUCUAUGUAAUUGAUCAAGGAGAAGUGGAUGUUUAUGUAAAUGGAGAAUGGGUGACCAGCAUUGGAGAAGGAGGCAGCUUUGGGGAGCUUGCAUUGAUCUAUGGAACACCAAGAGCUGCCACUGUCAAGGCCAAGACAGACCUCAAACUUUGGGGCAUCGACAGGGACAGCUACAGACGCAUUUUAAUGGGCAGCACACUGAGAAAGCGAAAGAUGUAUGAAGAAUUCCUGAGCAAGGUCUCCAUUUUAGAAUCAUUGGACAAAUGGGAACGCCUUACAGUAGCGGAUGCACUAGAACCCGUCCAGUUUGAAGAUGGAGAAAAAAUUGUUGUGCAGGGAGAGCCAGGGGAUGACUUUUUCAUCAUCACAGAAGGCACAGCUUCUGUUCUUCAGCGCAGAUCUGAUAAUGAGGAGUAUGUAGAAGUUGGAAGACUUGGUCCAUCGGAUUAUUUUGGUGAGAUAGCACUGUUGCUCAAUCGUCCCAGGGCAGCCACUGUAGUGGCACGUGGGCCACUGAAGUGUGUAAAGCUGGAUCGUCCUCGCUUUGAACGAGUGCUUGGUCCUUGUUCUGAAAUCCUGAAGAGAAACAUUCAGAGAUACAACAGUUUCAUUUCUCUUACCGUCUAAGCUAUUCCAUUGGGAACGCUGCCUUUGUGUGACCCUGUGCACUUAAAUUUGACCUGUGCAGCUCAAUAGCUUUAUGAAGAGAAAAAAGUGUGCAUUUUAUGUGUCUUUUUCUGUCUAUGUCUGAUGCACUGGAUAUAAAGUCAGAUGUUAUGUGUCAUUAAAGUAGGACAACAAGCUUUUGGAUAAGACUAGCUGUUAGGAUUGUUUAUGAAUGGUUAGGUUUUCGGCUUCCAGGUAAGAUUGCUCUGUGUUACCCUGUAAAAUACUUUCAUUGUGCAUUUUUAGCUACUUAAAAAUACAUCUGAGUCUCUAUUUCUCCAUUUAUUUUAGCUUAGUCUCCUGAAAGUUAGUCCUAUCCAUCUUUUGUCAAUUUUUUUUACGAAUAUACAUCCCCCUCUGCCCUUCAGUUUAAAAUGCUCUUCACUUGUUACGGGAAGUUUACAAAACACCGCAUGACAAAGGACGGUUGCACAAUUUGAGGGGGAAGGCAAGAGGAAGAUUUUGAUCAUUCCAAUACUCCAAGAAAGAGUAGAACUUUGAAUCAUUUUGUCUGUUAAAUAUACUGGGCCAGAUUUGUCCCUGAUGCAAAUUCUUUGAAGGCAGUGGAGUUACACCAGGGAUAAAUUUGGCCAUGCUCCAUUUCAAUUUUGAAAGUGAAGAUUUCCAGGUGUUUGGGGGAUUUUUUUGUAAGCAUUUAAGUGUAGCCAUUAGUUCCCAAAGUGGGUUGCCCUGAGCCUUUUCAACUAAGAGCCUGAGCCAAAGCCCACUGAUGUCAAUAGGAGCUUUUCCAUUGACUUUAGUGGGCUUUGAAUCAGGUCCUAAGACUUUUGAAGCAUCAUUCUAUACACCAAAAUAUCAUCAGCAGCGUUUUCUGAAUAGUAUAUAAAAAGCUUGAGCGAUCAUGCUAGAAAGCACAUCAAAGAUAUUCAAUGGUAGUUUGGUAUGAAAAUGUUUUACAUACAGUCCAUUUACUCCAGUUAAAAUACCUUUGCUUUUGUAUAUGAUCGAGGUUUUUCGAAAGCCAGACAUAUACUUUCAAACGAAUCAUCCCGGAAUUUACUAUGCUGCCUCUUGUCAAAAAGACGAGCACUGUGCAAGAGACUAGUCAGGCCCUGAUCCUGCAAUGAACGGCAUGUGCUUGGACCCCUGCCCCUGGGCACAGCCCCACUGACUUUGUUGUGGCUCUGCACAGGCACAGGUACCCUCUUGUGUAGAAAGCAACAAAGAGUCCUGUGGCACAUUAUAGACUAACAAAUGUAUUGGAGCAUAAGCUUUCGUGGGUGAAUACUCACUUCGUCAGACUAGCACGGCUACCCUCUGAUACCUGCCUCUUGUGUAGGGCUUUCUGCAGAACCAGGCCUUAGCCUGCUGUGCAGCCCUCCAAGAUUUGAACAUUUUAGAUCAUUCCUUUGGGGAAAUUUUCCAUUGAAGGAAAACUCAGUUUGAUCACUGUAGCAAAGAGUGCAUCCAACUACCAUAAAUACACCUUUUGAUUAUGGUAAAGCCAUAUUUCUCUGUUUAUUAAAGCAUCCUCCUAUUUGAUGACAGUAAGAAUUUUUAAUAUCCUUCCUUCAUUAUGUGCUGAAAUUACAAAUUAAACAAGGCAGACAGAACCUUUUUUAAAUCAAAGGGGCUAGUCAAGAAUAUGGCUAAAUUAACUAAAACUGAAAAAGUUCAUUAUGCUCUUUUAACCUAAAUUUACAAAAAUUCCUUUUGGAAUUUUCCCAUCAAGAAAACUCCUUGGGCUCACUACUACAACCCUCAGAAUAAUCUUCGCUGAGCUACAUAAAUCCACGGACUUCAGGAUCAGGCCUAUCAUAAUUUCAAUCUAUUUAAUUGAUUUCAGUAUGUUUUUAGUGAUCCCAGUAAUCUCUAUUUAUUACUAUUAUUUAUUAUGAGUGUUAUGCUUCUUGCAUGGAUUAUGAAAUGUGACCAGUCAAAGUGUUUUGUUUUCCAACUUGCAAUUUCAUGACAAAACAUUUAUAUAGACAAAAAUCCACCAGACACGUACAUUCAUGUAAAAAACUCAUUCUUUGCUUAACCAUUUUUGUAUUUUCCUAUUCUGUGCAAUUAAAAAAAAAAUGUAAAGGUUACCACUCACUCAUGUAUGCUGUUUUAUCUCUUGCGUUUCUGCUGCUGUAUUGGUAAAAAUCUGUGAGCGUUUGGAAUAAAAUGCAGGAAACAUUUCAGCAUUACUUAGACAUUGAGUGUAUUAAUCUCACUGUUGAGAGUUAAAUAUACACACAUACAAAACAGAUACUUUGCUUUGAACUUUUAAAGAUAAUGAAAAUCCGAUUUGAAUUACAAUUCUGUUGUAAACAAUCUGAAAAGACAUGUAACCAUUUAACAGCAGAAUUCCUUUGAUGUAAGGGGAACAGUCUAUUCCAUUUUAAAGAUUAUUGUAAUAUUUGAUAUGGAUGAUGCGACAGAAUUAUGGUAUGAAUAAAAUUCUUGUACGUUAUAUGUGGCGCUUGUGAACUUCUUAACAAUGGAAGUUGUUGUAUUUAAAAAUCUGAAUAUUGUAAUAAAAAAUUUGAGCUCUAUUGGAAAAAAAAAACCCAGGGAGCAGACUAAUGUAUUGGGUAAUGUAAUGUAAAAACAAUCAGAGUAGGGAAGAGGCAGAUAAUCCCAAUGCUGUACAGAAAGGGAGACUGCUCUGUUUCUCUCUGCACUCAGUAAGGGAAAAAACUCAUGCUUAAAUGUUAUAUAAGCAAAUGGGCACCAUACUCCCUCAAGCUGUACUUGAGUAUUUAGGGUAUUUAGGCCCCAAAUCAGCAAGGUGCUUAAGCACAUGCCUAACUUUACAUAUGUGAACAGACUCAUUGAAGUUUUAGAGACCCUGUACUAAGCCAGGAGGACUGAAAUCCAUGGGACUGCCCAUGUGCGAGGCAUAGGCUUAAAUACCUUGUUGAAUCAGGGCUUUAAUUGGACGGAAAAAUCUUUCUCAGGGCCAAAUGCUGCCCUCUUUCCCCCAACACGUACAAAGCCCAAGGCCUUGCCCGCAGUGGGGAUUUGUGCUGACCACACCUUUUGAUGGCCAGCCACCUAUGUAUCGGCACCCUCGUUCAAAUCCCUAGUGGAGACAGGCAGAGCCACUUUUUGCAGCAGUGAAGCAUCUCAGGCCAAGCUGCGUCCAUGCCAAUGGCAGAGUAUAGUGGUUUACCCUGUUUAAGCUAGCCGUCCUGGGGGCUGAAAUCGGGACAAAUCCCCAACGGAGACAAGGCCCCCAAAUGAACUGCCUUUAGGCAGGACAUCUAAGAGGGGCCAGAGGAAACUUUCUGCCCGUCUAACCUGGUGUCUUGGUGAGGAGCAGCUAUUCAGUAACCCACUGCCACCAGCAGCUCAUUGGCUGUAGUAUCGGAUGGACUCCCUGUGCAUCCCCUAAAAGGUGGGCGGGUUCUCCCAGCCUGCCACCCAGCAUUUCUGCCAUCAGUGAGGAGCAGCAUGAAGAGUCACUCUGAUGCCUCUCUGUGAUGUCCCACACACACUGGGAUCAUGGGUGGUUCCUCUGUGUCUAGGGCUUUCCACCUUACCAUUUUUGGAGUAUCUUAUUUUCUCCCCUUUGCUAUGAUUCAGGCUGCAAGGAUUCAUCUUUCCUGAGAAUUACUCACAUUACAUAGUAAUCAGAAGUGACCGCUUUCUCUGAGCUUCUUCCAGAAUGGCAUUACUAUCAUAUGCUCCCAGAAGAGGAUCUUACCGCCUCUCAUUGUCCCUGGGUUUUUUUCACCUUCCUCUGCAGCAUGGGGCAUGGGUCACUUGCAGGUUUAAACUUGUGUAAAUGGUGAAUUCCCUGUAACUUGAAGUCUUUAAACCAUGAUUUGAGGAGUUCAGUAACUCAGCCAGAGGUGAGGGGUCUAUUACAGGAGUGGGUGGGUGAGGUUCUGUGGCCUGUGAUGUGCGGGAAUUCAGACUAGAUGAUCAUGAUGUUCCCUUCUGACCUUUAAAUCUAUGAGUCACUCCCAGGAUUCUUGUUUUGGCUGGCUUUGUUUAUGCCAUAGUCAUUUGAGCAGUACUCCAGUACAGAUGGUAGAGGAUUUUUUUCCUGUGGAAUUGUAACCCUAGAAUUUUUUUUAAAACAGACAUACAUGGUUGAACGUGGUUUAGUCUAUAGUUGUUGUAUGAUCUAUGUAUGUACUUUUGGAAAUGUAUGCUGCUUUCUACAGAUCGGUGUACAAGGCCCCUAAAACUGUGUAAUUGUGUCAAACCCUUUAAUCUUCAGUUUCUUUUUUCUCCCAAACGGAGUUGGACUCUUUGCCAUCAAGGGUGGUGGGGAUGUCUGGGAGAA